AAAUAAUCACCAAAUCACGUUCAGCUACUCGCAACAGUAAAAAAAGACGAAUGGGAAGAAUAAAAAACUUGACUCGUUACUCUUUGUGAAGUAGGAUGACUAUUGCGAAAAAUACAAAAGGAAGAAGAAGAGCUCUUAACUAUCUUAAAUUACUUAUUUAUACCAUAUAUGAAGUAGCGCCCUCUAUUUGUGUAACCUGAAUUUGAACCCAUUUCUCUACUCGUUCAAAUCUACUGUCAAAUUAUUUUGAAGUUUUUAUUAGAUGUCUUUUCAAAGAUAUUUGACGUCUUCAAGAAUUAUUACUCGUCGUCUUGUUCGCUAAUAAAAAAGAAAAUGUUGCGUGUCGCUUCUGGACAAGUUGCUAACGUGCUGCGUGGUGCAAUGGGCCUAUCUGGCCGUGUUGCCACCGUCGGCUCAGUACGUGCUUCUCACGGCGAAGAAAAUGAAGAAGUUUUCAACAAACGUUACCAAGAGUUCUUCGAUCGCAAAGAUAUUGAUGGUUGGGAAGUUCGUAAAGGCAUGAAUGAUUUGCUGGGCAUGGAUCUAGUACCAGAACCCUCAAUAAUUGAAGCUGGUCUGCGUGCCUGCCGUCGUGUUAACGACAUUGCUCUGGCUAUUAGGUGGUUGGAAGGUUGCAAAGACAAAUGUGGUGACCAAAAGAGCACCGUCUACCCAUAUCUCAUCCAGAACAUUCGCCCCACCUUAGAUGAAUUGGGCAUUCCAACUCCAGAAGAAUUAAAUUAUGAUAAACCUGAGUUGGCAUUACAAUCAGUUUACGAUAUUUAAAUUGUCCCCAUUCUCUUAAUUAGAAUCAUGCUUAAGAUAAAAUACUUUUAAGCAAUUUAUAAAAUGUUUAAGGAAAAUGUGCUGCAAUGAUUUAAAGUAAUGAGUAAUAUUUUCAUCAAUAAAAUCAGUUGGAUUAAAAAUUAACUGACUGCGAUAAAGUGAAAA